AAAGGAGAAAAUCUGGAAUAUUACCUUCAGCAGAUUGACAUCUUCGUCCUCUCACGCCCCGAAGAAUUUCAGGCCUUUCGCACCCGGGUUCGAAACAUUCUUGAUUGGGGAAAUGACACUCGCCUGAAGCAGAUCGGGGCCGCCUUGGAUAUCAUU